UACAAAAAUUUCCUCUUUUUCUUUCUGAAUUCUCUCAGAAACUCUGAAUAAAAAACCAUUCAUCAUCAAUGGGAGAAGUAGAUGAGAAACCGUCCAUUGAUGUAGUAGGUUCUCCGAGGUAUUCAUCUAAAAAAGUUGCAGAUAUUGAUACAGAGCUUUACAAGAUGAAAGCUUCUCUUGAGAACAGAGAAAACGAAGUCGUUUCUUUAAAAGCCGAGUUAUUGAAGAAAGACAUCUUCAUCAAGAAUCUUGAAGCUUCAGAGAAGAAACUUCUUGAUUCGUUUAAAGAUCAAUCGAGAGAGUUAGAGGUAACCAAGGCUUUGGUAGAAGAAUCGAAGGUAGAGAUUGCUUCAUUAAAAGAGAAGAUAGAGACAUCUUACAAUAGCCAAGAUUCUAGCGAGGAAGACGAAGAAGAAGACGAAGAAGAAGACGAUAGCUCUGUUCAGGAUUUUGAUAUUGAGUCUAUGAAGAUUGAGAUGGAAUCAACAAAGGAGUCUCUCGCACAGGCUCAUGAGGCUGCACAAGCUUCUUCUUUAAAGGUUUCUGAAUUGUUAGAAGAGAUGAAAUCGGUUAAGAACGAGCUUAAAUCAGCGACUGAUGCAGAGAUGACGAGCGAGAAAGCAAUGGAUGAUUUGGCAUUGGCUUUGAAAGAGGUUGCUACUGAUUGUAGCCAAACGAAAGAGAAGCUUGUAAUUGCAGAAACAGAGCUCGAGGCUGCUAGGUUGGAGUCGCAGCAAUGGAAGGAGAAGUACGAGGAAGUGAGGAAAGAAGCUGAAUUGCUUAAGAACACGAGUGAGAGACUAAGGAUUGAAGCAGAGGAAUCACUUUUGGCUUGGAAUGGGAAAGAAUCUGUGUUUGUGAGUUGUAUAAAGAGAGGAGAAGACGAGAAGAACUCACUUCUUGAUGAGAACAAUAGGUUGCUUGAAGCUCUUGUCGCUGCUGAGAAUUUGAGCAAGAAGGCUAAAGAUGAGAACCAUAAGGUUAGAGAUAUACUUAAACAGGCGAUUAACGAAGCUAAUGUUGCGAAAGAAGCAGCGGGGAUAGCGAGAGCUGAGAAUUCGAAUUUGAAAGAUGCCUUGUUGGAUAAGGAAGAGGAAUUGCAGUUUGCUUUGAAGGAGAUUGAGAGAGUGAAGGUUAAUGAAGCUGUGGCUAAUGACAAUGUUAAGAAGUUGAAGAAGUUGUUGUCUGAAAUAGAGGUAGCUAUGGAGGAAGAGAAACAGAGAAGCUUAAACAGACAAGAGUCGAUGCCGAAAGAUGUAGAAGUUGUUGAGAAGAAGAUUGAAGAGAAGGAGAAGAAGGAAGAGAAGAAAGAGAACAACAAGAAGGAGAAGAAAGAGAGCAAGAAGGAGAAGAAAGAACAUAGCGAGAAGAAGGAAGAGAAGGAGAAGAAAGAACAGACUCAUCAGAACAUCGAUAAGAAGAUGAUUGGGAAAACUUGUAGUUUCAGUAUCAUGAAGCUUGCUCAUCACAAUCACAACCACAAGCACAACAAAGAAACAUUAGAGGAAGAGACAAAAAACGCAAACGGUGGGAAUCAUUAUCAUCAUCAAGAGAACAGUGAUGAAAGUGGUGAAGGAAACUCUCCAAGUUCAGAUUCUUAUCUAUUCAAAGGCUCGAUCUUUGACGUAGCAGAGACGCCACAUGCGCAAAUGCAUCACAAAAGGAGGUCUUCGUGUACGUUUUUGGAAGAAGUAGAGACGAUAAAUCCAGAGGAUUUGGAGAAUUUGGAUGGGAAUCAUUUAGAAGAGGGAGAGUUAAACGACAAAGGAGCAGUAGCAAGGAAGAAGAAGGCGUUUAUACGUAGAUUUGGUGAUCUUCUUGUUAGGAGGAAAAGCUUAAGUUUCUCACACAAGAAAGAAUCUUCCACUGAUUCACAAGAUAAGCAGCAACCUCAGACUCCGACUUCUCCGUCUCCGCCACUACCGCCGAUGUCUCCGGAGCCAUGAAGAGCAUAGUUGUGUUCUGUUUGUGUUGUGUGAUACACUGAUACGCUAUUGUUGUGUUUUAUUCUACAGCUUGAGUUUUUGCAAGAGCAUUUUUUUGUACAUAGACAAUGUUUGAAUUUGUUCUAAUAAGGAUUUGAUCAGGUUUUGUCUUUCUUUAAUGUGGAAUCGGUUAUGAUUUUACCGGAACUAAAUUGAAAUUGACUUU